AUGAAACCAACAGCCAAAACCAUUCACCGAAACCAGCCUAAACCAGCAUCUACGCGCGUUUACUGUCUCGACGUGUUACGCAAAACGCUGUUGUGCGUGUUCCUUCUGGCUCGGCAGAGCGACGCUGUUUUAACGUCGACAGCGGGACGUACGACGUUGACGAAGAUGAUGGCGCGAGAUGUUGAUGGUGGUUCGAGCAUCGGGUACAUGUACAAUCAGCAACAGGGCCUUCCGGUUUACUACGUGCGGUACACCAAUCACGGAAGUGGACGCUACUAUCAUGCACCGGCCGUGCAGUACGUUGCUACACCUGUUGCGCGCGCUGUUCCUGCAACAACGUUCCUACACCCCUACGUAACCACGCUGGAUGUUCCGCGCCCCAGCCACCAAGGAACUGCCAAUUACCGUAACGAGCAAUUGGAACAGCCGGCUGCGCCUCUCGUCAACUCUCUGCCACGCGUCUCGCAUUCCCACGUUGAUGGGAAGAUCACCAUGGCGGACGAGGGCAGCGAGAAGGAAGGGACUAGAGAGUGGCAAAAGAGCGUCGAAGAAGAUCGCGAUAACGAGGAGAGUGAGAAGGACGAGGGGGAAGUGAGCGAUCGCGGAGACGGUGUCGAGGAUGAAGAGAUUCAUGGCGGAUCUCACGGUGAUUCGACGGAGACGUUUGAGCAUGGGAAUGGUCGCGAGGGAGUUGAUGAAUCUCCAAGGGGCGACGAUCGUUUGACAGAGGAAGGAGCAGGAGAGAAGAACGCGAAUGAAGAGUAUUCAGAGAAUGAGACGGAGAGAGAGAAGGGAUAUAAAAAGGGGAGAGAGUCGAGUGAAACGAAGACUGGUAGCGAUGACAGCGAACACAAGGAAGGAUACUACGAGAACAAGGAUGAACACGCGGAAGGACACGUGGCCGAAGUUGAAAACCACGGUUCCCACGACAAGGCGGAGAAAUUCAAAGAUGGCGGUAGUUACGGACACAAGUCGUACUACAAGAAAGGGUAUAAAACUAAUGGUUACCACAAUGUCUUUCACAAGGACGAGUACAAAAAGGAGACGGAGUUCUACGACGAUGACCAUAAGAAAGGUCAUUUCGAGGAGUACGAGGAACUCGACGAAGGUUACAAGAGCGACGAGGGUGAUUUCAAAAAAGGCGGACGCCAUUCCUCCGGACACGAUUAUCAAGAUCGCGGAAAGAAAGGCAGAUACGAUAAAGGACGUCGUGACAACCAGGAUCAAGGUCAUCGGGCUGAGAAAGGCGAGGAAUCGUAUUAUUCGAGCCACGAGGAUCACAGCGCCGAAGAAGAUUCGAAGUCAGAGAGAACGCACAAGUUCCGCAAAGGAGAUUGUUAA